AGUUUCGUUCGGUAGUCGCACGAUUACUGACUGUUUUGGGGUAAAAAUGUCUAGUGGAGUGUGGAAAGAGGGGAAAAACUGUGAGCUUCGAGAAUGAUAGGAGGAAUUACUGAUAACGGGCGAGCGCCAGUGAUUUUUUCAUCACAGAAAAAGUUAUUUGAAAAAAAAAUGAUUGGUGACGAGACACAGACCACGAUGCACUUACAAAGGUCAUGGCGCAUAAUCUCGUGCUGUGAUGAUGUUUUUUUUUUUCGGGUGAGGAAAAUCGGGAACUUUGUGAGGAAAUCACGCAGAGUAACGCAAGACAUUUGUGUUCUAUAAAAAAUAACCCAAAGGCUGGCGUGAUGGAAAUAUUUUAGUUUUAACCGGACUUCCUUUGGGAGUGGAAGUGAAAGUUGAGAAAAUGCAGAGAAAAUCAAUUGCAACGGUUGAUGAGGGUGCAACGAAGGAGCCUCAUUUGUUCCUCAAUGUUACCCCAAAUUGUGAUGUUGAUGCUGUGAGUGAGUCUCCAACGGAAAAGGAAUUAGGACAGCGGAUAAAACAUGGAAACUGUCGCACGGCUCUUUGGGGAUUUUUCUCCGAUUACUGCUACAACAGCACAAUCCACGGGGUGAAGUACCUCGGUGAGAGACGAAGGCCAUGGAUUGAGAGAGUUUGGUGGGGGAUUGCCUUUGGAUUUUCAAUCUUCCUUUGCGCCAGCUUCAUUUGGUCAUCGUGGAAGAGAUGGCAACAAAGCCCGGUAAUUGUUACAUUUGCCGACAAAUCCACUCCAAUUUGGCAGAUUCCAUUCCCAGCUGUUACCAUUUGCCCAGAGACCAAGGUGACGAUUGAAUUUCUCAAUUUUACCAAAUCCUACAAUCUUUACACUGAGGGUGGAAAUGAUAAUCUCACAGAAGAUGAACAGAAUAUUCUGAAGACGGUUUAUCAAACAUGCGACUUCAACCUCCUCGAACCAACAACAUUCAGUUCGGACGACCAAGUCUUUGCUAACAAUAGUUUUGCCGAAACACUAAAACAAAUAACGCCGCAUGAUUUAUUCUUCUUCUGUCGUCACAAUAACUCAACAUCAUGCCGUCAUUUUGCUCCUAUUCUCACAGACGAAGGCAUCUGUUUCACCUUUAACAUGCUAAAUGGUUCGGAAAUUUAUCGGGAAUCAGCUCUGCAUACCGGAUACGAUUACCCAAAGCAUGAGAAUGAAGCUAAAUUUUGGUCUUUGGAAGAUGGAUAUGAAAGCGAUGCUCCAAUGCACACAUACCCACAUCGAGCUCUAGGGGAUGGCGUCCGGAGUGGACUCUACACGUGGCUUUAUCUCUCAAAGGCAGACUACGACUACCUCUGCAGAGGAUCUAUGCAGGGCUUUAAAGUCCUUCUUCAUUCUCCAGAUGAAGUCCCUCAAGUUGCUAAGCAUUACUUUAGACUUGCUAUGAAUCAGGAGAUAACUGUCUCCGUAAAACCAAGUAUGUUUACUACGUCAGAUGGUCUGAGGGAAUAUGAUCCGAUCAGAAGACAGUGCUUCUUCAAUCACGAACGGGAAUUGAAGUUCUUUAAGAUCUACACCCAAAGGAAUUGCGAACUAGAAUGUGUGUCCGUUUUUACGAAGGAGAAAUGCAGUUGUGUUAAAUUCUCCAUGCCACGUGAGGCAGAUACUCCAAUCUGUGGAGCUGCUAAGGUAGCCUGCUACAUGGAAGCUGAAUAUGAAUUGCUUCAAAUGGAAAUUGCAAAGGAUUUGAAUAAAAGCAGCAAAGCCUCAAGAUGCAACUGCCUACCUGCUUGUACGUCAAUUGUAUAUGAAGCUGAAACAUCCCCAACGGAAUUGAAGUGGAAGAAACUCCUGAAUGCCCAUAAUAUUCCAGAAGAGUACUUUUCAGAAUUCCAAUCAGUUACUCUAUCGAUCUUCUUCAAAGACACACAGUUCAUCACAUCGAAGCGAUCAGAAUUGUACGGCUUGACAAAUUUCAUUGCAAACUGCGGUGGAAUUUUAGGGCUCUUUAUGGGAGUUUCUUGGCUAAGUAUUAUUGAGAUAAUUUACUUCUGCAGCAUUCGCUUGUUCUGCAAUCUUCGGAUGCGAAGAAGAAGCAAAAAUCUGAGAACAAAUCUCGUUAUUCAAAAGCCGCCUAAAGCUGUUGUUUAAUAUUUAUUUCUAUUGAUGCCUGUUGAGCUAUUAUUUUUCUUUGUUAGAAACAAGCUUUUAAGCUAAUAUAAACAAGAUUAUUUUUUUUACAUGGUCCAAUCUCAACUAUUAUUUUUUUUAUUUUUAAUGAUCUCAUACAAAAAAUAAAUCAACGAGUAAACACUAAGCAUGGUAGAUUCUAAGCCAAAAAAAUUGUUUGCGAAUUUGCUCUAAUUACUGUUCUUAUAAAAUUUUUCUUACAUAAAAAAAAUGAUUAAGAUAGUAAAUUUUUCUUUUAAUGCACUUCUUUAUAAUUCCAUUUACGUCUUUGUAAAAUUUGUUCUUCUUACUGCUUUUUCAUUCAAAUUUUUUGAUAAUAAACGAAAGUAAGUUAACUAUGUUUUAUUAUUGAAUGAAAUACUAUAAAUUUUUUUGUUUAAUAAACUCCACAUAAAAAUGAAA